AUGUCUGCGGAGCCGGAGCUGAUAGAGCUGCGGAACUUGGUCCGGGGCCCCGAUGGGGUCCGGGGGCAGGAGACUGCCCGGAGCCCGGGCCCUCGGAGUCCAGGACGGCUAGAGCGCGCCAACGCGCUGCGCAUCGCCCCGGGCCGCGGCCCAGACGUGCUUCCCCGCGGCCGUCAAGUCCGACUACUGGGCGGCCACAGCGAUCCCCGACUCACGACCGGACUUGGCCGGGGCCACUGCUUCCGUCCGUCAGGGCCUGGCACCCACACUUGGUGCGACCUCUGUGGGGACUUCAUCUGGGGCGUCAUCCGCAAGGGCCUGCAGUGUGUCCACUGCAAGUUUACUUGCCAUUACCGAUGCCGGGCCCUGAUCCGCUUAGACUGUUUUGGUCCCCGUGAACUGAGCUUGGAGCCUGCCUUGGAAAGAGACACCAAUGUGGAUGAGCCAUUGGAGUGGGAGAAACCAGUCCUGUCUCAAAGUGAGAUUGAGCAGAAGAUCAAGGAGUAUAACAGCCAGAUCAAUAGUAACCUCUUCAUGAGCCUGAACAAGGAUGGUUCCUAUACUGGUUUCAUCAAAGUACAAUUGAAACUGGUGCGCCCAGUGUCUGUGCCUGCUACCAAGAAGCCACCCUCCCUGCAGGAUGCCAAGCGACCCCCUGGGAAGAACCAAUCGGUGAAGCGCCGUACCUCCUUUUACCUUCCCAAAGACACAGUCAAACACCUGCAUGUGCUGUCACGGACACGGGCCCGAGAGGUCAUUGAGGCACUGCUCCGAAAAUUCCUAGUGGUGGAUAACCCCCGAAAGUUCGCCCUGUUUGAGCGGGCAGAGCGCCAUGACCAAGUGUACCUGCGGAAGCUGUCGGAUGACGAACAACCUUUGCGUUUGCGACUGCUGGCAGGACCCAGUGAAAAAGCCUUGAGUUUUGUCCUAAAAGAAAAUGAGACUGGAGAUGUCAAUUGGGAUGCCUUCAGCAUGCCUGAAUUACAUAAUUUCCUUCGUAUCCUACAACGAGAAGAGGAGGAACACGUGAGACAAAUCCUACAGAAGUAUUCUCGCUGCCGCCAGAAGAUGCAGGAAGCACUAGGAGCCCGCCCCCUGGGAUGACCCCCCCUCCCCUUCUCCUUUGUGACCUCAAGGUCAGGGUCGCUUAAAGGCUUCAAGAGGCCACCAGGCCAAGUGGAUGGGGGGGUGGCGGGGGGGCAGCACAGAAUGGAUGUCAUAUGAAUGUGUCGGGGCCUGAAGAGUGAGUGUGUGUGGAGGCUUCCCAACUGAGGGGGAGCUAGCUAGGUGUGUGGGGACAUAGGAUGUCCUGAAUGUAGCAUCGUGGCUGCUACUUUGGAAUGACAGAGGCUGAAAAGUCCUCUUAUAAAAUGUUGGAGCUAGGACUGAGGAACCCCUGUGGCUCAUUGUGGUACAUCUGGGAGGGUGGUUGGGGUAGGGUUCAAAGAGCACAGUCUUCUUGGAUUGCAGCAUUCUCUUGUUCCUUCUCCCCACCACCCCCAGAAAGUACCCUUAGCCUUGAGAAUGCCAAGGCGACAGCUGUCAGGUAGUGCUCCCAGGUGGUAAACAUCUUUUGGUGCUAGCAGAGAUCUAGUCUGCAUAGUUCAAAUGCCCUGUCGGCUUAUUUUAGAGACGUUGUGUUGGCCGAAGCUGAACACACCCGAGACACGGUCUCCUUAUGGGUAGAAUAGCUUCAGCUAAGUAUGAUGGUCAUCAGUUUUCAUGACUAUGUGGGACCAGCCCCACUGAAAUGGAAAGAUUAGGAGUUCAAGAUGUAUAGGGGCCCUUAGGAGAAUGGGGAGUAAAAUGGAUUUGAUUUCAGUGAUUCCUUUGGAGAUCUAACCCAACAAGCACCCCGAUUAUGAGGACAAGACUGCUGCCUGGAGGUGCAGUCAUGGUGAAUGAGAGGGUUCAAAAGGAUCCUAGCCAGCAAAAGGGCUUCGUUGUUGCUGCUAGGCUUUGAAGCAAUGGCCAUUUGCCCAAGAUACUAACCGAAGUGAGGGCCUUUCCCUCAUGGUAUUUGUCAUGAUUUGUACGUAAUGCAUGUAAUGUUUCUUGAUCUCAGCUGAGUGACUCCCAGGCGGAGAUAGAGUGUGUGAGACCUGUGGAUGACUGCUGGGUGUGUCACGAAAAGGGCCUGGGGCCCAAGAGGAAUCUUGUAAUAAUAAAGCUUGGGCCAAUCAUUCUGCCUCCGAGGUCAAUCUGUACACCGUAUUCAAUUCCACAAGUAUUUAUAAAAUA